AUGAGUAUUGUCUUCACUCAGACUGCUGCCACUCAAUAUGUUCCCAAAUAUCUUUUCGUGUCUGGCGACUGCCAACGUGGGACGGGUAAAAGUCGACAUGUCAUGAAAGAAUUUCUGCGCAAACGCGAAUCCAUCCGUCGUCAGAAACAACUGGCUGCCCGAUCGCGAAGCCGUGUCUUGCCCUGGCUACGCCGAGAAGAUGUAGAACAAGUACCAACUUCAAUAAUAAUAUCCCCUGCGGUCGGUGACGGAGGACCGUCUGAUACUUCGAGCGACUCCAGCUCGAGGCCGUCCUCCCCUCGACAGUCUCAACAUACCGAGUCACACCCCUCGCCGUGCUUCACUCCGCCAUGCUCUUCGCCGGAGAAAGUGGAGCGGAAAGAAGGCGGCGCUCUGGAUUCUUCUUACAACCCGCAAGAGCUGCUCGACCACUUACACCAUUCUGUGAUAAGUCGCCUCUACGAGACCGAUCAGUCAAGUAACAUCAACUCCCCAGCGACCGUCAUGGUGAAUCACGUCAUACCUCGCACAUUGCCGGCACGAAUACUACUUGCAAUUUCCAGUUUUCAUCGUGACAUCGAAGCGGGACACCCAAAACCGAGCUCCGGAACUCUCAGCCUGAUCCUCGAAGGCAUCGGCUCGCUGAAAGAGCACCUAAAAAGCCCCAGUGCCGUGUCUGACGACACCAUCCUGGCUGUGAUCAACCUGUGGGAGUACGAAGUUACGUUGUCGAUGGGAUCUGCGAGAAGUGGAGCAGACACCGGCUCGACCCAAGAGAACAUACUGCCCAAGUCGGUAACAGAAAACAUUCGGACGCACUUGACGGGCCUUCAACGAUCCAUCGAGUGCCAUGGCGGUUUGCACAGUCUUUCACCAGAGACACUGUGGCUUUUUGCGUGGUGCGUAUGUACGCUCCCAGGAUAUUCCCCCAUCGACGUCAGGAUGAUGUCCCCCAACGAUGGUAGCAACAUGGCCCUGCGAAAGGGGCCCGAAUCUUCCUUCUGCCCUUCACGAUUGUUUGAAACACUGUCAAAAGUCCACGUCCAUACAUCGUCGGGUCAUUUUCGACCAAACGUCCUCCAAGAGACAUCCUUUUCAGCCCUACGAACAGUGUUGCGGCGACUGAACGCGAUGCGACGCGCCCUCCAUGGACAAAUGACGCCGAUGAGCAGACUCCGCAAGUCGACUUCACUGGUAUCAACGUUGCUUUUCAUUUUCGAUGUCUGUCUGGAAGCGACGGACUCAGUUCACGGAGGAGGCUCUCUCCGUACAGACCAAUUGGCCACCGUCCAGAAGCGAUUUGUUGACCACCGUAUCGACCAAGAAGGCUCCCUGGAGAAGGUCUGGCAGGUUCUCAUGACGCAGCAAGAGACCCCGCAGCUGCGACUCCAUCCACGGACAUGGUCAAUUGUGGAAAUGGUGAACGCGAUCAAACACCUGAAAAUUUCCACGAUCGACGCCCUGUCGCGACUCUUGCUGGGGUAUCUGCUUCCGGAGGUGUGUGACUAUAAUGAAGACGCCUUCAGAUGCGACAAGGUUCUGCUGCAAGUGUAUUUUGAGCUAGAAGGUCUAGCCGACCUCACCUGA